AUAUGAAUAUAAGCUGAACAAAAUGUUAAUUUCUCUGUGUUGUGAUAUUUUGAAAAGAAUUAGAGAGGACUGAGGAAAUGGGAUCCUUGAAUGGACAAAGCAACCAUUCGAGCUUUCCAUCAACCCAUGAUUGUUUGCUUGAAAGAAUUACAACCCUUCUAUCUCGAUGGCAUGGUCUUCAAAUGGCUAUCCGAAACCAAUGGGGUGGCCAUCCGCUGGUCUUCUCUUGGUUCCUUCAUUCCAAAGCACACCAGAUAGAAGAUUUAGAGAAUUUGCUUCGUGAAAGCAUGCUACUCUCUCUAAAUACAGAGAUUGAGGAUGGGAGCAUUGAAGCGGUAGCAGAACAGUUGAUGAUUAUGCAUGAAGAAUACUUGCAUGGAAAUCGUUAG